GUUAAUGCACGCAAUUUGCUUAUGCCAGCUUAGAACUUGCUGGCAUCAUGAAAGCACAUAGUGAGUGCCGCAGCUGGGGAUGAAUGAGGCGCCGACUUCGCCCACUUCACCGACUUCACCGACAUCGCCUUCGAACUCGGUGACGUUUUCCACACGCUUCUCAUCGCAGUGGGAUGGUGGCAAGGGCCUCUUGAACCUGGCGGGAGAUGCCAUCAAAGUGUGUGUCCGGGUGAGACCUUUAAGCAGCAAGGAGUCGGAGAACCAACAGAGAAUAUGUGUGCGCAUUCCACCCGAGCCCGAAUCACCGCACACGACCAGAGUGAUGAUGUUGAAUCCCAAUGACUUUAGCCACUCCAGGAACUUUUCCUUUGACAGGGCAUUUUGGUCCGUGAAGCCGACGGACAACCAUUUUGCCUCACAGGAGAAGAUCAUGCAGGAUCUUGGAGCAGAGCUGCGUGAACAUGUGAUGGACGGCUACAACAGCUGCCUCAUUGCCUAUGGUCAGACCGGCAGUGGGAAGACGUACACCAUCUUGGGACACGAGACGCCCGAACAAGCUGGUUUGCUUCCACGGAUCUCCGAGGACAUCUUCAAGAACAUCCCGAACCUGAGGAACACCACCAAUGAGUUCACGGUCACAAUCUCUUAUUUGGAGAUUUACAACGAACAGAUUCGAGACUUGCUGGUCUCUCCCGAGGAGCCGCGCUACAAACUGGAGGUCCGUGCUCAUCCCAAAUUUGGCAACUUUGUGCAUGGAGUGAAGGAGGUGCCGGUCAUGGAUUGGCCCAACAUGAAGGCAUGGCUGGAUUUUGGAGUCAAAGCGAGGGCGGUGGCCAGCACCUCCAUGAAUGCCACCUCAAGCCGAUCUCAUUGUAUCUUUAGCAUGGAGAUCGUCCACAAGAUUUGGAACAGCGGUGCCAAGACCCAGCAAAGAUCCAAGUUGAACGUGGUGGAUUUGGCUGGCUCUGAGCGACAGAAGAAGUCGCAGACCUCGGGGAGCCGUUUGAAGGAGGGAGCCAUGAUCAAUCAGAGCUUGUCCAACUUAGCUUUAGUCAUCAGUCGGCUCGCCGAUUUGGCCAAGAACAUCCACAAGGAAAACAAGAAAGCCAUGGACUUCAUCCCCUUCAGGAACUCCAAGUUGACCUUCUUGUUGGAAGACUCCUUGCGGGGGAACUCCAAGAGCGCCAUGAUCGCAGCAUUAUCUCCAGCUGGAUCUGACUACGAGGAGACCAUGAGCACCUUGCAGUUUGCGCAGCACGUCAAGGCGGUGAAGACGAAUGCCAAAAAGAAUUUGAUCAAAGAAGACCACGUGUUGCAAGAACUUGAAGCCGAAUGUGCCCGCCUGCGGCAUCUGGUGGAGACCGGUGCAGGGCAAAGCCAAAUUCAAGAGCUGGCAGCCUUGGAGGAGAUGCAGAGGAAGUAUGGACGAAACUUUCAAGAACAACUGAAGCUGGCCCAGGAGCUCCAGGCCCAACGGGAAGCGCUGCUGAAGAACGCCGGACUCACCUCCCUGGAGAUGUCCAAGAGUAUUGGCCUCGAAGACCACACUCCGCACUUGCUGAAUGUGUGCUACGAUCCGGAGCUCAAUGGAUGCUUGAUCUACUUCUUGCGAAGAGGGGUGCCUUGCACGCUCGGAAGCGAUGCCAGCAACACCAUCUCGUUGAAGGGUUUGGGGAUGCUGCCCCAGAUGUGUGAGAUCAAGAACAUCGACAAUUGCAAGGUUCUUCUUUACCACAAAGCUGGCCGUGUUCUCUUGAACGGCCGCCUCAUUGGAAGCCAGGAUGAGAAGGGAAAGGACGAGGAGACCCUCAGGCACAAUGAUCGCAUUAUCGCAGGGCAUGCCUUUUGCUUUCGCUUUAUUUUUCCACUGGAGAGCAAUAUGGGAGAGGAGUUGCCACUGGAGACUGCACUGGAUGAGAUGGACAUGGGGGAUGAUCAGAACUACCAGCGAUGCUUGCUGCUCACCAAGAACUUCCAAAACCGGAUCGGCGAUGUCCGUGCACGCCAGUUCCGCCAGAUCUUUCAGAAGGUUUGCAGGCUGGUGGACGAGGCCAACCAAAUGGCUGAGACCUUGUGCCCUCUGGAGCGCUUGAGGUUCAGUGCGGAAGUGCUCACGGACUUCUUCGGAAAUUCUGGGAAAGAUGAGACGGUGGAAACCAUCGUCCGCCUGCGACGCUUGGAGACGGGCAUGGCUCGCUGGCGCUCCAUCGUGCGGACGAAGGUCCUGGGACGCAAGUCCUCGUCUUUGUUGGAUCACUUUGUCAAUAUUAGCAUGCAGAACGUGCAGCUGUGGUCCGACCAGACUAGCCUCCUGAUGAAAGUGGAAGAGUUCCACCAGCGCUUGCAGUGCUUUCGUGAUGUCUUUAAGGCAGUGGUGACAGAUGGACAUGCCAUAGAGGAUUUGCAGCCAUCCGAACGAGACUGUUGGAGUCGAACUCCUCCAUGGGUGGCAGCAGAUUUGGAACAGGAGCAGCUGGAACGUGAGAUCGCCCUCAAGGAGCAUCUCACACAGGGAAAGUCGGGCAGAGAGGAAGUCCUGGAGGAGCAACUCGCCAGCAUGCAGCGAUUGCUCCACGCCAAGGACUCCCGGAUCGAAUCCUUGGAGGCCGCCUCCCAGGUGGAGCUGGAACGUGAGAUCGCCGUCAAGCAUCGAGCUGCUCAGGGAAAGUCGGGCAGAGAAGAAGUCCUGGAGGAGCAAGUCGCGAGCUUGCAGCGAAUGCUCCACGCCAAGGACCGGCGGAUCGAAUCCUUGGAGCUGGCCGGUUCGAAGGGUACUGUGUGGACCUCGGGCCGAAGGUCCAGCUUCGGAGAGCGACGGCCCAGUGUGGACCACGCAAAAGAGGUGCCGUCGAACCGAAGGGAGGCCCAUGGCCAAGUCAUGAGAGGUGUGAAGGAGUUGGUGGAGAGUGGUCAAGAGCUUCGGGAGGCCGAAGCCGAGCUCCUGGAGAGGCACUUGCAAGACUUUGAGGGCCGCCAGAAUACAUUCCUAGAGAAGUUGAAGGCUUUACGUUCAGAGGUGCGCUCUGAAGUGGAUGCCCUCAUGGCCUCCGAGGCAGCGAACUUGGAUGGCCUUGAGCAGCUGCGUGGUGAGUUGGAAGAUCAGCGGAAGCAAGUCCAGCAGCAGAAGGAUCUACAGCAGGAUCUGCAGACAACGCUGGACAACGAGCGUGCGCGCAUGGCCGUUCUCACGGAGAGCAACGAAGAGCUCUUGAGGGCCUGCGAGGAGCGCCACCGGGGUGAUGUGGAAGCACAAAGCAUGGCGGAGAAGGCCCUCAGGGACGAAGAACACCGCUUGAAUGCGAUGCGCGAAGCCUUGGAGAGGGAAUACCAAGUACAGCAACAACAGCUGGACGCCGAAUUUGAUGCUGCCACCAACUUGCUCUUGUGCGCCCGAGAGCAGCUGUCCAAAAGAGAGCGACACCCACCGCGCAGUGGGAUCUCGAUCUUGUGGAUCUCGGUGACCUUUCGCGUGCGUGCGGAGACCGACUUUGGUGAUGAUGUUUACGUGGUGGGCCAUGGUGCGUCGCUGGGAACCUGGAAACCGCAAGAAGGUGUGCUUCUGCGGACUCAUAUCGAAUGCUACCCAGUGUGGUUCACCACCAUCCAGAUGCCUUUGGACGUGACCAAGAGCCGCGACAUCAACACGGAGUACAAAUUUGUGAUCAAAAGGGCUGGGGGCCAGAUUCAAUGGGAGGAUGGCCCCAACCGGCUGCUGCCGCUGAAGCUGCACCCAGACAUGACGAUGGAAAGCCUCCCUCCCCACGUGGCCUUCUUCGGGCAGACGCUGGGCAUUCCAGAGAUGCCGCAGCCCACUUUGGCACCAGUCCUGAGCAUGAGCACGAUGGCCACGAUGAUGGCCGUGUCUGACUCAGAGGAGGGCGAUGGAAUUGCAUCGCCUUGCUCUUCUUUGGCCACGCUGCCGCUGGCGGACUCCGAGGGUGCCCUCUCUGAGCCGAAGGAGGAGGUCUCCCCUGAACCGGAACCGGUGGAGCCUUCGCCCACACCGGAGCCGCUGGAUGCCCCUGCGCUGGUGGAGCCAGCGAAGGUGACCGCCGUGACGGCGCCAGCGAAGGUGAAGACCGUGCAGGCGGAGCCGGAGUCCAUCCGCUUCGAAGCGGGAGCGCACCGACUCUCCAAGCCGUCAGGCCGCUGUGAAGAUGCCUUCUUCUUCAGCACCAAGGCUGCUGGUGUGGCCGACGGCGUGGGGCAGAUGGAGCAGUUCUCGGAGUACGGCGUGGAUGCCGCGAAGUAUGCCGACGAGUUGAUGCAGCUCAGCGCCAAGCACGUCCAUGCCAACCCUGGGCGCCCCAUCGCCGCGCUGAUGCGUGCCGAGCGGGACGCCACCAGCUACGGCGCUUGCACGGCCUUGGUCAUGGCCAUCGACGGCACGAAGGUUCAGGUUGCAAAUUUGGGAGACAGUGGAUUCAUGCAUUUGCGGCCUCGCGCAUGGGGCAUGGAGAUUCUUCAGACCUCCCGAGAGCAAACACAUGGCUGGAAUUGCCCAUAUCAACUGACACGCGUCCCCGAGGCCUUAUUCAAAGACAGUGGCAUCUCCUUUGACUCAGCGGCAGACUGUGAGAAGUACGAGUUGAAAGUUGAACAAGGCAUGGAGGGUUGCCGGGCCGGAUGUGAGGAGCUCAAGGCUCAGAGACCGGUGGAUCUUUUCACCUACUCGGCGCUCUUGGGCCUGGUGGCGCGGAAGCGCCAGUGGCGCACGGCGCAGCACCUCUUGGAAGACCUCCGGCAUGGGGGCCUUUUGCCUGAUGUCUUCAUUUGGAGUGGUGUGCUCAGCUCCUGCGAACGUCACUGGAUGGCAGGCUUGGGGCUCUUUGCCACUGCCAGAAGCCUCAAGAAGACCAACACCAUCGUUUACAACAGUGUUUUGAGCAGCCUGAUGGGACGGUGGUUCUCGUCCCUGGCGCUGCUGGAUGCCAUGAGGUGCUCCAGGGAAGAGGAUACCACCAGCUUCAACUCCGUGAUGACAGCACAGGAGAAAAGUGGCCUUUGGCCUCGUGCCAUGCAGCUCUUGGGUGACUUUGAGCACAGUGGUUUGCAACCUGAUAUUGUCUCAUUGAAUGCGUUGCUGGCAGCGGAUGACAUGGACUGGCGUUGGGCACUCUUCUGGCUAGACACUGCCCAGCGGUGGUCGUUGCAAACCGAUGCCGUGAGUUUCUCAUCAGCCAUCAGCACGAUGGAGAAAGCGGGUCGUUGGCUCGUGGCAUUGCAACUGCUUCACCGAUCAGCGCAGAGGAGGAUUCAGCAGGACAUCAUCAUGUUCAAUGCAACGAUCUCUGCAUGUGAGAAGGGGCAGCAGUGGGAAAGGGCCUUGGCAGUGCUGGAAGAAGCAUGCGGCCUUGAGCUUUUGCCCGACGUCUUUUCCUAUGGUGCAGCGGCCAGCGCCUGCGAGGGCGGUGGCCAUUGGGUCGGUGCCGCUGAGCUCUUGGAGGUCCUCCAAGACAGCCAGCAGCAACCAGAUACAGUCUUGUGCAAUGCGGUGAUUAGCGCCUUGCAGAAGGGCACCUGCUGGCAAAGAUCUCUUGGAUUCUUGGAGGCCAUGCAGACCAGCGGGCCACAGCCCGAUGUGGUGUCCUAUACGGCGGCCAUGUCGGCGUGCGAGAAGGCCAGCGAGUGGCAGAGGACCCUGGUGCUGUUGCAAGCCUUGAAGGCCACGAAGGCACAAGCAGGGAUGGCCUUCAAUGUGUGCAUCAGCGCUUGUGAGCGGAGCAACCAGCUGCAGCAGGCCUUGAGGCUCUUGAGGGAGAUGCGGAAGUCGCAGCUGGAACCCGAUGGCAUCAGCGUGAACUCUGCCCUGCGCGCCUGUGAGCGUGCUUCGGCCUGGGUGGAAGCCCUCCACUUGGCCUCUUUGUCCGAGCUGGACGUGGCCGGGCUGGUGGCAGUGACGGGAGCAUGUGCCUCGGUCCAUGCCAUGCUGCCGCGCUUGCUGUGGAAGGUGGACGUUUGGGGCAUGCGCUCCGCCUCAGAGGCCAACCAGCUUGCCAGGUUGGAGUCUGCGGGAGACAUCCAGCGCAAAAUGAGAAAGGACCACACGCAGUGUGCACCGCGCCUAACCAGGGUGAUGAGUUUGGAUGGUGUUUGGGCGCCAGUGGUGCCACUUCUGGUCACAUACAACCAGAGCGACCUCCUUUUGCUUUUCACGGAUGGGCUCACCGACAACCUUCAUUGGUAUGAGGUGUUGCGCAAAGUGGAUGAGGUGGUUGAGCGCUACGAAGGGCAAGGUGUCAAUCCGGAGGUGCUGGCCUCUGUCCUUGCCAAAACAGCCGAGGAACGAUCCCACGACACAAAGGCCAACACGCCUUUCGCGCAGUCGGCGCGUCGACAUCGGCUGCAUUUUCCAGGCGGCAAGGAAGAUGACAUCACUGUGGUAGCGGCCUGGAUAGCUGGUGAAGAAGCCCAUGAAGGGCAAACAGAUGGCGAAGAUGUGACAAUCGGAACUCUUGAGCAAGCAAGUGCAAGGAAGACCUGCGUUCUUUGUUAG